CAUCGUUGGGCCGCGUCAGAUUUGUCGUGCGCUCGGCAGAUUUAUCUGGUCGUCGCUCCGGCCCAUCGCGUCAGUUCUGCGCGUUUUAAAGCAGUCGACGUGGAGGACUUAGGCCGCUGCUAAACGUCGAGCAUGGAAGUGAAGCUCAAGAGCGCCGCGGCACCCGACCGCAGCCCGGUGACCGUGCGCACGCAUGCGGGUGCCACGGCCGACAGCCUGCUUGGCGCUUUCUGUCACGACCUGGGCCAGGACUACGACCCGCGGCUGGCCCUCUACACGCGCUCCAACGAGCCGCUGCGCGGAGGGGCGUCGCUGCAUGCGAUGCGCGUGCAGCCCGGUGACACGCUGUUCGUGCGCCAUCAGCGCUCACCGCACCUGUUCCUUGCCAACUGGGGACUGCUUGGCGUCAUCUGCGCGGUGCUCGGACUGCUCGGCCUGCUGCUCGUGUCCAUGGCGUACGGGCUGACGGGCGGCCGUGUGCCCUUCGUGCAUGGCGUCGUGGUGGACGCUGGCUCGAGUCACAGCCAGGCCACGCUUUACUACUGGGAGGGCGCCAAGUACUUCGGCACCGGGCGCGUCGUGCAGGUGGACUUCCGCGAAAUCGACGGCGGCAUCAGCAGUCUUGGGCCGCGCAAGACGGGUCCGGCUCUGGAGCAUGCCGUGAAUGAGGUGCGCGGAGAGCUUGAUGCACCUGUCUUCCUCGGCGCCACAGCCGGCAUGCGGGUGCUCAACCUCACCAACCCGAUGGAAGCCGAUGCCAUCCUCAUGGCUGUGGAGUGCGCACUGAAGCCACUGGGCCUGCAGCGAGCUACCAUCCUGAGCGGCCACGAUGAGGGCCUUUUUGCCUGGCUCUCUACCAACUACUUAUUCGAAGUGAUCCCUCCGAAAUCGGGAAAUCCUAUGACCCUUGGUGCCUUGGACCUUGGAGGAGCAUCUACGCAAAUAUCUUUUGCUGUUGAUGGUAAUAGAUCAGGAAACGAUGUAAGCAGCCUGCAGCUAUAUGGCCGGCGCUACAACGUGUUCUCUGUGUCAUACCUCUGUUAUGGAGUGAACGAGCUGCAUAGGCGGUAUCUGGCCAAGAUAAUAACUGAACAGGACUAUGAAUAUUCAACACCUAUGAAAAGCCCAUGUCACAACUCCGGCUUCAGCUUCAAUGUAACAGCAGAGGAGGUGUUUGACAACUUCUGCACGAAGACCUCUGCAACUGAGCAAUGGCUGAAGGAUCAUCCCACUGCAGUUUUCACAUUUAUUGGCGAUGGCACGAGUGCUGGAUGUCAAAAUUUUAUUCGGCAGCUGUUGGACCCCAACGAGUGCAAGAAAAACUACACUAGCUGCAUGGAGAAGCCUUCAGUUCCUGUACCUCAUGAUAUGAAGUUUGUUGGUGUUUCUGCCUACUACUAUACCCUCAAGGCGCUCAACUCUACAGGCAAAUCCCUUAGUGCCUUCAAGAAUGCCUCCGACUGGAUUUGCUCUGUACCCUGGAAUGAAGCUGUGAAGACUGGCAUCCCCAAGCGAUUCCUCUCUCGCUACUGCCUGCAGGCUAUGUACAUCCGAGAUCUGUUGCUGGAUAAGUAUGGAUUCUCCGAGGAGAGCUGGCCCAACCUGUCAUUUGAAAAGACAGCCAAUGGCUAUGAAUUGGGCUGGUCACUGGGUUUCAUGAUCAACGCUACAAAUGCCAUUCCUGCUGCUGAGCCAUCAACACCCAGCAUUGGCCUCAACCUCUUUGUCUUGCUCGUGGUGCUCUUCGCUCUGCUCCUGGUGCUGGCCGCAGUGUUCCUCCUGCUGGCACGCAAGCAGUCUCGGGCCCGGCGCAACCCUCCGUCCUAGGCCGCCACCAGGGGCAGCAACAGCAGCAGCAGCAGUAAUGGGAGACUCACUGCCACGCUGACGGACUGGUCACUCAGCUCUUCGUCCACUGCAAUUCAAAUGAGCUUCCUGAUGCAUACUCUUUGUCACGCAGCACUCAGGCGUGGUGCACAACGCUGCACCUUAUUGGUGCCGGUUGCUCAAGUGCGCCACUCCUUUUCUCAAGACAUCAUUUAUUCACCUGUGCCUUUACAGUGGGUGGGGCCUUUUAUACAGUUUACACAUUUUGAUGGAAUGGAUAUCUUUAUUGACUGUUGGUAA